CCUCAACCACUUACAUUCUCUCACCUCAGUGGGUGUAAGGAGCAAAGAUAUUAGGUGCAUUUUUGACAGUGAUGACCAGGUGAGUGAGUCUGAUAAAUGUUAUAGUUGAUAAGGGGUCUGAUGCUAGCAACUUUGCUCAUUCAACUAAUUUCUUGUUUGUGGAUUUUUAUGUUGUGACUGGGGCUUGCAGUAGACUACCCUUCAGAUGAUCUGUAUUCAAACUGAUUUAACAAAUCUCUAACCAUGAUUUAUUCCUUAUGAUAAGUGAUAGAUCAAUACAAUAACAACCCAAGUCACUUUUGUUAUGAUUAGUUCAAGCUAUUGUUAGGUUCAUCUUCUGUUGAUGUUGUAGUCCUUUAUAGACGUGUCAGUACCUUGUCUUUCUGUUGAUCUUGCCCUGGACAUGCUUAGUUUGUGUGUCUCAUCCUGCCUUCUUAUUAUAACUUUCACCCAGUGACAUCUUCUGUAAAAUAGAGAUUCUGUUUCAGCAUUGUGGCAUUGCAGUGCUUCUUCUGACUAAUCCUAUUGGCAGCAGUUAGAGGCAUAAAAAAAUAUUUAACAGAUACAGUAUGUUUUCUUGCUGACUGCGUUGUUUGCUUUUAAAAGCAAAAUAGGAGUAUUGAUAUAAAUUCCAGAUUGGUAAACAAACAGCUAUCAGUAAGAAAAUGCACUAAAAUGUAAAUGUUGGUUUAAGAUCAGAACAUAAUGGUUGUCCAAAAUAUUGUCCCAGUAUUUACAUUUUUUUCUUUACCCAUCAACAGUGAAUUAUCACAUCUUAAAUUUACAACACAUACCUCCUUUUUGAUGUGUGGUAUAUUAGGUUUUAGAAUUGUUAGGUACUUAUGCCAGAGCAUUAUUUAAAAAAUAUUGCAUUUGCUUAGAGGAAAAAUUCUCUUCUUAAUGGCCUCAAAUAUGUUACGUUCUGAGCUUGUCUAUUGCAACACAAAUAACUUUUAUGCAUCACAUAUAAUAUAAACAAAAAUGAGAGGACCAAAGUUCAGACAAAGAUGAUUAUAUCAAACAACAAAUGGGUAAAACAAUACACUGGCAAUAUACAUAGCACAGGUACGUAUGUCAAAGAGAUACGGGUAAAGGACAAAGAGCAACCACACUGGGGGGAAUACAAUGUAAGGAAAACUAGAGGUCUCAAAAGGAGACACCCAAUAGACUCAAUGAUGAUUUCAGUUUGCUUUUCAUGCUUUUUAAAGUAGGACUAGUUGUGUUGGAUAUAUUUCACUUCAGGAACUUGUUCAUGUAUAACGCUGAGCACUAAUUAAUCAACCACAUUACUGUCAUGUGGAUAUUAACCUUGGCUGUGAGUAGCUAUUAGCUCUUACAAAGUGAUAGAGAAGUGAUUGGGGCUUCACUCAAUGGACACCACUUGCAGCUGUGUAGAAACUUAACUCUGCUGAUGAGAAAACAUAUAUUAGGUUACCUGUGUAAUCAGUCCAACAAACACUCUAAUAAAGGCCCUGUGCCAAAACACGUAAGCAUUUGUUUUUUUGUGAUGUAAGCCAAAUAAAACUGGUGAAAUGUUGAUUUAUUGCCCUCCAUAACUUGGAACAUGAGAUGUGCUGCCUCCUUUUGAAACCUUAAAACUAUCAUUAAACUUUGGCAAAGCAAUGUCCUGAAAAUUUAAUGAAGUGUGAAUUUGUCAUAAUAAUUGUAGGUGUUUAUUACAAAACCAGUAUUACUAGACUUAGGGCUAAUCCCAAUUGUAACCCUUAGCUCUUGUCUUAUCCCUUAGCCCUUGGUUUUGCAUGUUCACGUCAAGAAAAAGGGUGUCUCAAUUCUCCAUAAGGUUAGGGGGGCAAGGGGUACACAGCCCUUGAAACAAAGACAGACGGGGACCACGCUUGAAUGCUAUGGGUAUGAUUUUAAUAUGAUUUUCAUAGUAAUGACACUUGUGUUUUUUUUAAUCAAAUAUUCAAUCCUUUGCUACUCCACAUAAAUAUUUGCCAUGUUUCGAAUUGUUUGUGUUUAAAAAUCACUAGUUAUGACGAGCUAGUGAUUGCCAAUGAUAGCUACACUGAUGUCAGACUUGGGUGACAAAUUCACAGCAAACUGGCUCUACUGCAAUGUACUGUUUAUCGGAAUACUGUUUAUUGUCACAUCAGCCUAUGACACAGCUAGCAUGGGGCAAGGCAUGAUGACCCAGCGGAAAUCGAGUAGCGUUUCUUAGGAGCAAAUUUCCACCCAUUCCCCUUGCCCUAAAAACAGAGGGCCAAGGGGAAUGGGUAGACAAAAGGGUAAGAUGAAGUGGAAGGGAAAAAAGUGACAAAUAGGAUGGGCCCUUAACGUUUACCUUAACGUUUACCUCUUUGGUAUACUAUAAUUUCAAUAGAAAUGCAUAUUUAUAUACUUGGCUUGUACUGCCUUUUUUUCUAUUUUCCCAAGACAGAACUCUGGCUCUGUAAUAACUCCAGGGCUAGAGGCUCAUCUGAUUUUCCUUUGUAAAACUUCAAUUAUCGCAUUAAAAAUUUUUUAAAAAACUGUAACAAUAACAACAAAUGUAUCAUCACUAAGGAGUUGAUCACAUCUUGUCAAUUUAAAAGACGAUGGAGUGUAUGUUAAAGAAAAGCCUGUCCGCCCACACAUGUUCACCACGCUUACAGCUCCUCAAAAGAGACUCAGCUCAGUGAGUCAUUCUGUGAUGUCACUAUCUUUUCUUUCUGAGCCUGCCAGCAGCCCACAGGCUGCAUACAAAGAAUUGUUCUGCAGGUCACUCAGUAUAUCAUUUUCCAUGUCUUGGUGUUGUUUCUUUGCCUCCCUUUUUUCCUCCUAAGAAGCAGCUUAAGCUAGAAACUUCAAAGACAGAUCUUGAGCCUUUCAGCUGGACAACUUCUCUGAUUAGAGAAUCUUCUUGAGGUCUGAUCUUAACUCGCAUGUGGAUCCACACAUAGAGCAUUGUGUCCAUAUUAAAAAUAAUAUGCCAUCAGUUUAACAAUUUGUUAUUGACACAAAGAGUAAAAUUUGCGGUUUAUGAUUGUAAUUCACAAAGUACUGAAACGGGUGUUGUAUUGUGUUGAUUUCCUACAUUGAAUGAAUUUAGUUGUUACUUGAAUAGACAUUGAUUAAUUGUGCUUUUCCUCAAUCUUUCUAUUUCAGGAAAUAUAUUGAUUUUAUUUGUGAUAUUGAUGUUGAUUAAGUCCUGAAGACAUACAGACCUGACAACUAGCAGUUUGCAGUUACUGAUCUAGACACAUUGUGAUUUAGCUACUCUAGUUGACUGUCCUCUAAUAUUAUCUGUCCGUACUGUUUGUAGCAUUAAGCUUCAUUUACCAAAACAGACUUGUUAGGAAUAUUUUAACAAGUAGGACAAAAUUAAGCUAUCAUGUACAGAAGGGCAUUGCAUUCACUGCAUAAAAAUAAUAAUAAAAUAAAUCAAACACAUUAUCUCGUAAUUACGAGAUCAGGAUCUCAUAAUUACAAGAUAAGAUAAAUGAAAAGGAAAUGUCUGUAAAUCCUCACUUAGUAGUAAUAGUGGCGCUAUCCCAGUUAAUCUGCUCUUACGAUCUUUCGGUUUGGGCCACAAGGUAAUACUGAAGUUUCCUAAAAAUUAGGAAGGUAUUAAUAUUAGUAUUGUAGCAACCCUGCAGGAGACUACACACAAAGAAAUGCUGGGUUGUUUUUUCAACCCUACCACUAGGUUGAGCCUGUUUGUCAAUUUAUUUGAGUUAUUUUCAUGGAGUUGGGUAUUCUGAGUACCCAAUUCACAAGUUUAUUUAUGUUUGGAACAGAGUUAUUAGCUGUUGGGUUGUAAUUUCUACACAGUUUUGUUGGUUCGUUAUGGACUACCCAACACAUUGGGUAGACGUUUGGGCAUUUGAAAACCAAGCACCACCCACUCACCAGUUUGAUGCCACAGCUGCUAAAGAAGGGGGAGACAUACAAAGCAAGGUUUGUUACAUUCCCACUAUUGCUUUACAAUAUAGAUGACUUGAUAUUGUUAUAGACCCUCAUUUUGUUUUUAAGAUGUAAGGUUGUGAAGCACUGUUGUGUACCAGCUUCUGCCUUCAGUAAUCAAUUGGUAGGUGAGCAAGCUAAUGGUUAGCCAACGUGAGUAACAUAAAGUACAUUGUCUCAAAUGUAGCAAGCUAACAUGUUAGAUAAUGUACGGUGUAGUGUGGUGUGGUCUAAAAUGUUGAACUACUGCUUUAAUGGACUCUCUGUCUGGAUGUUUCAGGUUGAUUGGAACAAUCAAUGGAUGACUUUGUGAUGUGGAGUGGAGUGAAGUGAAUGCAAGAUACAACUUCCUGUUCUGUAUUGUUUAUGUUAAGAAGCUAAGAAAACCAUAUAAAAAAAAAAAGAAAACUGUAAAAUGUUUACAAACUCCAAAGUUCAUUUUCCGUCAGUAAAAUGGAAAGGGAGCUGUUAAGGUUGGGUUGUUGGGUUAAGUGAACCAACCCCAUUAGUUGAGUAAAAUUAAUCCGGCAUACGUUAUGUCCCAAAUUUAAAUAGCGCUGGGUUGGGAAACGACCCAAAUUGGGUUGUUUUUAACCCAACCUUUUUAAGAGUGUAAUGUUCCAGUUAAAAUGUUGAAGAGGUCUGUGUUUUCUAACCGUUUGUGAAUGUGUAUGGCACAGGCAUGUAUGUGGUUGGAUGAGAAAGCGAGGGGGCAGGGGGGGAAGAGAUACAGGGUCCUGCUCUGUGUUUAUGUGUGUGACUGAGGAGCUAAGAGCUAGUGAGAGCAGUCAGAUAAGUUUGUUGUUUUGGUGUGGUUACACAUGAUUUCUGUAUAUAGUGAAGGUUUUUUGGAUCAACUCAUUCUUUCAGCAUCCUUUUAACAUGUCCGGUAGAAUGCUACAGUUUAUCAAGUUUUUGAUUUACUCACCACACUCAGUGAAUGCAAUGUGCCUCUGUAUGAAUUUACCUCUUCAUGGAUGUGCAGUUAGUGGUUCUGAGUGAAACUCUGGCCAAUGUGGCGCCUUUCCUCAUCUCAAAUCAGACACCUUAUCUUGUAAUUCCUGGAUCCAGAUCUCAUAAUUACGAGAAAAAAAUUGGAAUUACAAGAUCAGGAUCUCGUAAUUAUGAGAUGAGGUGUCUGAAAUUUUUUAAUUUCGUAAAUGCAAUGUGCUUCCAUAGUCAUGAGUUAGGUUUUGAUUAAAAAAAAAAGGGAACAAUUCCAAAAAGAGAAAAAGGUUAAAGAGAAAGCGGUUGUUGUGCAUAAAAAUGUAUAUUAUUAGGAGAUUUGGAUAAGAACAACUUAACAAAUGCAGGAGAACAUUUAUCUUGCAUUACAGAUGCUUCUUGAAGUUAUGUUUAAUUUGUUAAAAAAAAAUCUGCCCUUUCAAACUGCGCAGUAAAGCUACUUCACUCAUGAUAUUUAGAGGUUGAAUAAUUUUAAUUUUCCCUUUAUUUUUCAAUUAUCUGCUGUUUUGUUGUUGUUGUUUUCAUUUUCAACUACCAACUGCCCUAAUUUUGUUGAAAUAUUUAAAGUGCAAAAUUGAAUUGUAAAUAUUUGAAUCUUCUGUCUGCUGUCAUUUUGGUUAAAGUAUAGUGAAUUGUGGAUAUUCUAAUUCAGCCACAUGCGUGGAAAUGAUACAUGUAUAUACCUGAGAAAACUCGCAACAGUUGGUUUCAGACAAAAGUAGUUAUCCUGCCAUACACAUAGAAAAGAUAUACUGAGCUGCAGUUCAUAAACAUUGGUGUAAGUUAUUAUGAACACCUCAAAUAACUUAUGAGGAUUGUUUAAAGCAACCACAAUGCUUUCUAACUGUGCAAUUAAACAUUAUGAGUGGUGUGUUUUUAUUUAGUGUUAUUAAACUGACCUGUCACUGCUAUUGCAUCUAAAAGGCACUCACCUAUUCCUGUUCAUUUUUUGUUUUGAGGAGAACAUGCUUGCUGAGCAUACAUUAAAACCUACAAUACUGAGAAUAUUCUAAACCUCAGUAAACUUUAUUGCUCCUCCAGCUUAAAACAUUCACACAGUGGGAAAGACAGAGUAAUCCAGGAACAUACUGGUACUUUUCCUCACUAGCCCAUAGCAUGCUGUCCUCAACCUCAAUUUCUAAAAAUGGCUUCUCAUCCCCCCACCUUCUGCCAAGCAUACUUGCUCUGUUCUGUUGUGCCAAAAUAGACUGUGCUUUUUUUCUGUACUGAGACCAAGACCAACAGACUUGGCUCCUCACUUCUGCUAAAAGGUCAUUACAGUAAUUUUUCUCCUGCCAGUUUUUUGCAAAGAUUGGUCUAAGGAAAUACAUCACUCUGAGUUGUGAGAUGUCUCUUGAACCAUGUGCAGAGAUGAAGGUCUUUUUCUUUUCUUCUUCUCCCUUUUAUCACACAUAAUUAAUAGAGGUUCAAGCAACUAUCAAAAGUUGGGGCAUUGUGCAAAAUGUGAAUAAAAACAGAAUAAAAUGGUUUUCAAAUCCCCUUUGACCUCAAGAUGGCGGCGCCGUGUGGAGUCCAGCUACUCUAACAGACGACUCUAACGGAUUGACCCCAGAUACCCAGAGCAUCUACCUGGCUACAACGGUUACAACGAUCGACCAAUACACAAACAGAUCAAAUAAAAUACCCCCGGUCACAUCGAUCACGGCUGGAACGCCGAGAGAGAGACUUACCUGAGAUUUCCACCAUCAGCGGGCCCUCUUCCGGGGCCCUCGCCGGUAAGUCUCCUACCGUGUUGUCUGAUCUGCUUCCUCACCGCUGCGGGCUCCAGGACGGAGCCCUGGCGUGUAAGUGUCCUUCUCGGCACAGUCCAAUCCCCGAUCCAGACUGUCCUCUAUUAGAUCCUGCCUGGUGUCGUUGGCUGUCUGCUGGCUGUUGUUUUCUCCAUUUCAGCCAUGGCUCCACACUCCUCUCCACCCGGCUGUGCCAGCUGCGCCUGUCUGGCGAAAAAGAUCCAGGAGCUGGAACAAAGGAUCUCCACACUCUACCAGAUCCAGGAAGCCGAGAAACUCAUGGACACCAUCGUCUUCAGAACAUCACAUCCCUACUCCACCGGCUCGACGGAUCCGGACCCCGCCGCUCCCAACACCUCUCCCCCGGCUGCUGCGACCACCUCUCCUCCGCCUGCUCAUCCAUCCUUCUUCCCCGAGGUCUCCUCGACAAGGCUGGAAGCAAAACCCAAGGCUAAUCCAGAGCCUCCAGCUACCUCCACUCCAUCCCUGCAGGAGCACUGGUCCCACAUCACCGCCCGCACCGGGAAAACAAAGCUCCCACCUCAGGCUCCCCUCUUCCAACUCCACCUGGAGAACAGGUUUGACACCCUGGACCUCCAUGACUCCCCCCCGCUGCCCGCGGGAUCCCAGCCGAUGUCCACCCGGCUAUCUCAUGGGUCCUCCGGUCCUCCGCCUCCCGUGCCCGACCAUCCGCACGCCGGGUCCCUCCGGCGGCGCUCGAUGCCGUGCUUCACACCGGCACCACGGCUGGCCCGUGUCCCUUCCCUCUCGCCUCAGUUGUCCUCCCCGGCGAGUUCCCCCCCUCCCCAUUCCUCUCUGGUCACGCAGUCUCCACGUCCACUUUUCCCUCCAACGACUUUAAUUGUGGGCGACUCCAUCGUGAGAAACAUCCGCUUUUUUAACGCUCUCACGCGGUGUUUCCCCGGUGCGAGGGUCCUUGACAUUUUAACACUCCUCCCCACUCUGUUAAAAUCUCUGCCAACUUCCAUCCAGAGAAUUAUAAUUCAUGUUGGCACCAAUGACACGUCCCUCCUCCAGACCGAGCUCACGAAGGACCGUUUUACCCAACUUUUUAACUUUCUGAAGAACUGUGAACUGUCUGUUUUUAUCAGCGGCCCCAUUCCCACUUCUGGUCGUGGGUGUGGGAGCUUCAGCAGAGUGCUCAGCCUGCACACCUGGCUCCAAUCUGCCUCCCAAGCCCAUAGCUUUGCCUUCGUGGACAAUUUUAAUCUUUUUUGGAACCGUUCGUCCCUUCUUAAAUCGGAUGGUAUCCACCCGAACACCGCAGGUAGCCGCAUGUUAGCGGCUAACCUGCAGCACACUGUUCACUGUUUCCCACGUGAUUGA